AUGAAAGAGGACGCCCAGCGUGCCACCGAGGCGCGCGAGGCGCGGGCGCAGGCCGCCGCGGAGGCCGCCGCCGCGAAGGCCGCAGCAGCCGCCCAGUCCACAGCCCAGGCCCCCGAGCCGCGCCCCGGGCAGGAGCCGGCGGGCGGCAGCGCGCCGGCCGAGCACGUGCAGGAGGACGGCGGAGAUGGCGACGCCCCUGGAGACGGCGGCGCUGCAGAGGGUGAGCGGCCACCGCCGCCCAUGCGCAUGCUGCCGAGCGACGAGCUGAUGAUCCUGCGGGCGAAGGCGGCGCUGGAGAGCGAGCUCGGCCGCGCCCCGGCGGCGGCCGUGGAGGGCGAACCCGGCGCCCCAGCCGAGGGAGCCGGCGCCGACCGGCACACGCCGCCGAGGCCAGCGCCUGGCGAUCCCGCCGCAGACACCGUGGAGAAGACCGCGAACCCCUUCGCCAGGAAGCGGCCGUUGGCGGGGGACCGCACGGUGCUGCCGAAGCGGCCCCGCCACCCCGAGUUCACCAGCCGCGUGGAGGGGCCCGCCUCGCUGGACAGCGCUCCCGCGGCGAGCAGCUCUGCCAGGCCGCGGACGGCGGCCAGCGCCUCCGCGGCCGGCGUGGGCCGCGGCUCUGCGCCCAGCCAGGCCGCCACGCCCUCGACCCCCGCGGGCCCCGGCGUGCGGCGCCUCUCCGCCGCCGAGAGACACCCGCUCGGCGGCUACGCGGCGCACACGGCGGUGCAGGCGGUGCUGGAGCAGUUGGACCCGCCCGAGGCCAGCGAGCUGAAGGACCGGGGCAAGCUGACCAGCUUCUUCCGGGUGGCCGCCGUGCGCGGCAGGCCGCCCGCCCCUGCGCUGCCGGGGGGCCGGGCGCCGGCGCCGCCGGCGCGGGAAGCCGCCGGGGGGUCGUCGCGCUUGGCGGCGUGGACGGCGCGUCCCUGGGAGGCGGACAAGGAGAACGUGGAGGAGCCCGCGGUCGCGGGCGAGAACAGGGCCGCCACCGGGGCCCGCUUCCUGGACAGGAGGGACAAGACGGCGGACUCGACGGCGGCCAAGUUCAGCCGGGCCCCGUCCGGGGAGCCGCAGCAGCUCCAGACGGCGCCCUCGAGGUCCACGGCGCCGCACGGCCGCGACUCGAGGAAGGGCAGCCCAGACAUGGGGAUGGCAUUCACCAAGCUUUUCGCCAAGCUGAUCGGCAAGCAGGAGAUGCGCAUCCUGAUGGUGGGCCUCGACGCCGCUGGCAAGACCACGAUCCUGUACAAGCUGAAGCUCGGCGAGGUCGUCACGACGAUCCCGACGAUCGGCUUCAACGUGGAGACGGUCGAGUACAAGAACAUCAGCUUCACCGUGUGGGACGUCGGCGGCCAGGACAAGAUCCGCCCGCUGUGGCGCCACUACUACCAGGGCACGCAGGGCCUCAUCUUCGUGGUGGACAGCAACGAUCGUGACCGCGCGGAGGACGCGCGCGAGGAGCUCAUGAAGAUGCUCAACGAGGACGAGAUGCGCGAUGCCGUGCUGCUCGUCUUCGCCAACAAGCAGGACCUCCCGAACGCGAUGCCGGCGGCAGAGGUCACCGAAAAGUUGGGCCUCCACAACAUGCGCAACCGCCAGUGGUUCAUCCAGUCGGCCUGCGCCACGACCGGCGACGGCCUCUACGAGGGCCUGGAUUGGAUGUCGCGGUUUCACAACAUCGCCCUGCCGCCGAGUCAUCAGAAGCGCGUCGCAGUCAUGGGGAUGGCAUUCACCAAGCUUUUCGCCAAGCUGAUCGGCAAGCAGGAGAUGCGCAUCCUGAUGGUGGGCCUCGACGCCGCUGGCAAGACCACGAUCCUGUACAAGCUGAAGCUCGGCGAGGUCGUCACGACGAUCCCGACGAUCGGCUUCAACGUGGAGACGGUCGAGUACAAGAACAUCAGCUUCACCGUGUGGGACGUCGGCGGCCAGGACAAGAUCCGCCCGCUGUGGCGCCACUACUACCAGGGCACGCAGGGCCUCAUCUUCGUGGUGGACAGCAACGAUCGUGACCGCGCGGAGGACGCGCGCGAGGAGCUCAUGAAGAUGCUCAACGAGGACGAGAUGCGCGAUGCCGUGCUGCUCGUCUUCGCCAACAAGCAGGACCUCCCGAACGCGAUGCCGGCGGCAGAGGUCACCGAAAAGCUGGGCCUCCACAACAUGCGCAACCGCCAGUGGUUCAUCCAGUCGGCCUGCGCCACGACCGGCGACGGCCUCUACGAGGGCCUGGAUUGGAUGUCGCGGUUUCACAACAUCGCCCUGCCGCCGAGUCAUCAGAAGCGCGUCGCAGUCAUGGGGAUGGCAUUCACCAAGCUUUUCGCCAAGCUGAUCGGCAAGCAGGAGAUGCGCAUCCUGAUGGUGGGCCUCGACGCCGCUGGCAAGACCACGAUCCUGUACAAGCUGAAGCUCGGCGAGGUCGUCACGACGAUCCCGACGAUCGGCUUCAACGUGGAGACGGUCGAGUACAAGAACAUCAGCUUCACCGUGUGGGACGUCGGCGGCCAGGACAAGAUCCGCCCGCUGUGGCGCCACUACUACCAGGGCACGCAGGGCCUCAUCUUCGUGGUGGACAGCAACGAUCGUGACCGCGCGGAGGACGCGCGCGAGGAGCUCAUGAAGAUGCUCAACGAGGACGAGAUGCGCGAUGCCGUGCUGCUCGUCUUCGCCAACAAGCAGGACCUCCCGAACGCGAUGCCGGCGGCAGAGGUCACCGAAAAGCUGGGCCUCCACAACAUGCGCAACCGCCAGUGGUUCAUCCAGUCGGCCUGCGCCACGACCGGCGACGGCCUCUACGAGGGCCUGGAUUGGAUGUCGCGGUUUCACAACCUCGUCCUGCCGCCGAGUCAUCAGAAGCGUGUCGCAGACAUGGGGAUGGCAUUCACAAAGCUUUUCGCCAAGCUGAUCGGCAAGCAGGAGAUGCGCAUCCUGAUGGUGGGCCUCGACGCCGCCGGCAAGACCACGAUCCUGUACAAGCUGAAGCUCGGCGAGGUCGUCACGACGAUCCCGACGAUCGGUUUCAACGUGGAGACGGUCGAGUACAAGAACAUCAGCUUCACCGUGUGGGACGUCGGCGGCCAGGACAAGAUCCGCCCGCUGUGGCGCCACUACUACCAGGGCACGCAGGGCCUCAUCUUCGUGGUGGACAGCAACGACCGUGACCGCGCGGAGGACGCGCGCGAGGAGCUCAUGAAGAUGCUCAACGAGGACGAGAUGCGCGAUGCCGUGCUGCUCGUCUUCGCCAACAAGCAGGACCUCCCGAACGCGAUGCCGGCGGCAGAGGUCACCGAAAAGUUGGGCCUCCACAACAUGCGCAACCGCCAGUGGUUCAUCCAGUCGGCCUGCGCCACGACCGGCGACGGCCUCUACGAGGGCCUGGGUGGGCGGGCGCCAAUGCAGCACCUGCGAGGCGACAAGCACCUGCUCAUCCGUGCCUCCGAGGUUCUCGCCCGCAGCUGGCGUACUGGCCGGGCCGACGGAGGUGUAUCCGCUCAGUACGUGCCGGAGUGGUACAUCAAUUGGUACCCCGGCUACCCGAUGGACGUGAUCCGCCACUGGUGGUCCAAGGCAGAGCUCAUGAAUGUCAUGAAGAGGAUCAACACAGAUCCGACUCUGCCGCGCGAUUGGCAAAUGGCCAAGGUGUCAAUAUGGUUCUCUACAGCCCUACGCCAUGGUCCGUAUUGGAAAGAUGGAUUCAGCCGAUACUUCGAAAAUAUUGACACUUUCGAUCCAUACGAUGGCUGGGUUGUUGUUGACGACUUGCUGGCAAAUUGGACUGGUGACAAUCAGUGGACAGGCUACCAGGACAUGCGCGAUGUGCUUAUCAAGGGCAACCCUCACAGCUCAUACGUGUAUUGGGCGUUGCUGAACUGCUGCGAGAUGAUCGACAACCAUGGCAUGCAGAAGGGCAGGCUCCAGAUGAAAUGCGUCGAGGGCAAUCUCUUCAGCUUUUCCAUGCCGUGGGACGACAUCGAGAGAUGUUGUCGCGAAGCGUCUCAGCACGCCGAAGAGAUCCACGGGGACCGGCUGAGGUUGCUGCAGGAUGCUCUCGGUGUGCCACAUUCGGAGGAGACGUUGGCGAUGCUGGUGAACGUGCGCAUCAAGGGGGGCAGCAAAGACCUGGCGCAGCACCUGAAAGGGCUCACGUUACGCAUUCCUGUAAUGCAAAAGUUGAUCGAGAUCAUGCGCGGCAGCGGCUAUCCAGGUUAUGGCAACAACGGCCUGAACUCAUUCGACAAAGUGGCAACCCGCCUCCACGAAAAGUACUCUCAGAAAUACGCAUAUAAAUACGGGGAGGCGAAGUUCAUCCCGCAGGCAGUGCAGGAUGCGGUACAACAGCUAGACGGGGCCAAAGGUGGCAUCCUCAAGUUCUACACGGACGACUCGGCUGGUUUGAAGGUCGGGCCCACCACGGUGCUGGUGCUGUCCCUGGUCUUCAUGGCGAUUGUCUGUUCCCUCCACAUCCUGGGCAAGUUCCGGGGCAGCUGA